GGUGCUGGCGCGUCCCCGGCCUCCGGGCACCUCGGUUCCGCCGGCCCAGAGGUCACCGAGCCUAGGAGCCCCGGGGCCCACUCUGGGAGCCCCGGGGCAGGGAGAACAGAACGCCCGGCAAAGAAAUGCUAGCCCGGACGAGCUCGAGCUGCGCGCUGGCACUCGAGCUGCGCGCUGGCACGAGGCGGUUCCGCCGCGGGAAUGGGGCCAGGGCGCCGGGGGAGGGAGCGCGGGUGGGCGGGGGCGCCCUGCAGAACCCCUUGCUCCCCGCGUGCUUGCAGGUGCUGCGGGCAAGGGCCCCCCACAAUCUAUCAACACCCCUGCUGCCCGUCCAAGGCCAACCUCGCCGCAGCGGAGGCUGGGAGCAGCAGGACCCUCACAACAGAAGGGCUGAUGUCCCCAGAAGCUGCGGCAGGUGCCCUGACGAGGGCAGACGGUUCUCCCACCCUGGCUGUUCCCCAAAGGCAGAGGUGCCCAAGCUUGGAGUGGGCUCAAACUGUGCAGGGCCUGGAGCAGGCCUUUCCCACUCCCUAGAGGGAACAAUGUGUGUGUGUUGGGGGGUGUCCCAGGCAGAGGGGACAGCGGGUGGAGGGGCUUCAUCUCAUGUGCCAGGCCAGGUAGCCAGGCCAGCAGGGCCCCCCCCACACACACUCCCCUGUCCCCUAGGAGACUUGCCGGCCCUGCUUGGUCCCUGCAGGUGGGAGGGAGGUGGGCCGGGUGGGGACCACAGGCUUUGGGGUGCACCCCAGGCUGCAGCAGGGAGCUCCCAUCUGCCUGCAGGCCUUUGGCAGCCUCAGCAUCCCCUUCCAUGUGGUGGGGGAGGGAGAGGAGACAUGGUUUUGAAAGAACUGGACCAAGAAAGAUACAUGAGAUUCAGUGACUCAGAGCAGUGCCCAGGUCUGCUGACACCUUCUGACGGUGGCCCAUGGCCUCCUCCACCAUCCCAGGCUCCAAAGGGUGUCUCUCCACAUCCAGCCCUGCUUGGGCCAAGCGUGGAGGACUUGAGCUCCCCAGCCCACAGGGUUGGCCCUGGAAUCAGGCACAUGGGACCCACGCCCCCAAGGAUGGGCUGUGACCAUGUCCAGAUGACUGUGUUCCCGCAUCCCCAGUGGCAGGUGCCAGCCAUGGGAACGCCCCCAGACCUCUACCACACUGAUGCUUAGCACCUCCCCCAUCCCUCUUGCCCAGCUGGGACCCCCGAUAAUCAGUACAGCCACGACGCAGGAGCUCUACCUCCGCUUGCUCUGAGCAAACCACAAGGUGAUGGUCAGCAGCCCCCUUUCAGUCAGAACACCCACCUGCGGCCCCCACCAUGUCUCCUUCAUUCCCCCACAGCAGCUGCCCUAACAGCCCAUGCACUCGUCCACAUGACUGGGUGAUCAUCCCACCAAAUCCCCCACACAGCCUCUCCGUCUGGGCCCUCAGCUGAGAAUCCAUCCAGAGACUUCCACGACCCGCACCCACCACCGCCUGGGGAUACGCUCUGGGCCAAGCCUUCUCAGUACCGCCCAGCCACGCCCCCCUCGCACUUGCACUGUCUUCCCCUUGUGGUUGGUGAUCGUCAUUGUCAGCACACCUGUUUAAGUCCCCACCCCCCCACGCCCUUCCAGCAGCACCCAGCGGCUCCAUCCCCAGGCUGCGCCUCCCUGGCGGGGUCCACCUUCCGCCCCACUCAUGUCCUGGCUCUCUUGACCUCACCUCCACUGAGAUCAUAUCUGGCAAGACCAAAGAAGGUCCCCCAGCCGUCCCAGUGCCCGGUCCCUCCCUGACCACCCCGUGCGUCCACCCAUCCCCCAGCUGUGUGUGUGGGAAGCACCUUCCGUGAUGGGCUCCUGACUUGCUCCCCGACUUCCUCCGGCCAGCCUCCUUCACCAUACCUUCUUGAUGCGAGUGUUCUGAGAAGGGCCCCUCUGCUAUGCCCUGAAUUGUGUCCCCCCAAAAUGUGUAUGUUGGAGCCUACCCCACACCAUGAUGGGGUUUGGAGGCGGGAUCUAUGCGAGGUGAUUAAGUCAUGAGAGUGGGGCCCCAGGGUGGGAUUAGUGUCCCUGUAGGAAGAGACGGCUUGCUCUCUCCAGAAGGUGCAGACGUGCUAGACGGUGGCCAGCUCUAAGCCAACCGCAGAGCCCCACCGAGAGCCCCGCCAGCACGGGGACUCCUAGGCUCGGACUCCUAGGCUGCAGGACUGUGGGAAGCAGACUGUUGCCGUGAUCCUGCCUGCAGCGUUUGGACAGAGCAACCCAGAGUGCCACUGCCCUUGGAAGCAGGGCUUCCCCCCACUUUCCAGGCUCUUGGCCAAGUUGACGGAGUGAAGCUCCACGGGCCCUGGUGCUUCUCACCUCUUUCGGCAUCCUUGAACUUGAUGGUUCUCCUGCGGGACGGCUGGGGGCUGGCGGCCACCUCAGCUAGGAUCCCUGAGCCGCAGAAGCCCAGGCUGCUGCCCCGGUUCCGAAGCACCAGCUUCAGCUCCUGGUUCUCCUGGAUGAGCUGUACCAGCCGUCGCAGCUCCUCGUUCUCCCGCGCCAGCCGUUGGAUCUCCUGCCGCAGGCCCUCGUAGCUGCUCAGGAGGGACAUGCCCGGCAUCAGGGGCGGCAGCUGCCAGCAGCUGGCGGGCUGGCCAGGAACAGUGGACCAGACCCCGUCAUUGUGAGGUCAGUGGCCUCCCUGCCCCCGUGCCUCUGCCGCAUUCCAGGGCCUGGCAGUUCCGAUCGCCUUCAGUGGAGCACACCUGACCGCUGACCUCUGACCUCUGGCCCCUGACGGCCCAAUGACUCAGGCCUGGAGUCCCUCUAGGAAGCCCCUUCUGCAGGGGAAAAGCUGCUUUUUUUCUUUAAUUUAAUUUAGAUUCAGUUAACAUAUAGUGUGUUCUCCAUUUCAGACAUAGAGCUCAGUGACCCAUCAGUGUCCUACAACACCCGCCGUCCAUCACAUCCCGCGCCCCCUCAUGCCCAUCCCCC